UGCUCGGAAGGCGGGCCGCUGGGGUCCCGAGCCGCUGCUAUCUGUUGCGCCACCGCCGCGGGAGCCGGCAGAUCCGGGUCUCGUGGCUUAGAGUGACGUGGUCAGUCGAAUCAAAACAGAGGAGGGGAGGAAGCCGGCGGCCAGGAGCAGCGGCUGGAGCGGCUUCCCGAGCAGCCGCAGCGUUCCGGAAGCUCCGGGAGGUCUUUUUACCGAGCCUCGGCUCCGGAGGACCCCCGCAUCCUCCCCGCCCCGUCGGUUGUGGUCUGGGCGGAUUUUAACAGUCAAGUUAAACCAAGCUGAGUAAUCAUGGCAGAAGGUGGAUUUGAUCCCUGUGAAUGUAUUUGCUCUCAUGAACAUGCGAUGAGAAGACUGAUCAAUCUGUUGAGGCAGUCCCAGUCCUACUGCACAGACACAGAAUGUCUUCGGGAAUUACCAGGACCUUCUGGUGAUAAUGGCACCAGUGUUACCAUGAUAUUGAUGGCGUGGAUGGUUAUUGCAGUGAUCCUGUUCCUACUGAGACCUCCUAACCUAAGAGGAUCCAGCUUAACUGGAAAGCCUCCUAGUCCUCAUAGUGGACAAGAUCCACCAGCCCCUCCUGUGGACUAACUUUGUGAUAAGGGAAGCAAAAAUUGUUAACACCGUGCACGACCACAUGAACGAAAUGACCAGAGUACUCUUAACCCCAUUAGAACUGUUUUUCCUUUUGCAUCUGCAAUAUGGGAUGGUAUUGGUUUCAUGAGCUUCUAGAAAUUUCACUUGCAAGCUUAUUACUGCUUUCUGUGUUAUCACCAUUCCUAUUUACAGUUUAUUUGAGUAAAUGAUUAUAUUAAAAAAACUAUAUGGGGCCUCUUUAGUUAUCUUAAACUUAAACAUUCCACUCAUUCUAUUUGUAACUGUGACCAUGACUUUUAUCAUUAUUUUGACCCGUUUGAGAUCUCUGCAUUUAAGUAUCUUACAUUUAGUUUUAAUAGGUUUUAAGAUUGAUUUUUAUUCAUAAGGUAUUUGUAAAGUUAUUUGGGGUUGUCUGAAGGAAAAUUAGAGCCACACUGUAUUUAUAUAUGCCUUGCUCGUCUGUUCGUUCAUGGGUAGCCGUUUUCUCUAGUACUUUGAACUGGCAAAAUUUGAAAUUUUUUGCAGAUGAUGACCGAAAUCUGUAUCAAACAGUAGUACUGGCUUACAUGGUUAGAAAAGGAGACAAAAAAUAUAUGAAAUAGUUGUUUCACUAAGUUUUUUUUACUCCCAUUAAAAAUGCCUAACAAGGAAACUUUAAAUAAGAAACACAAUUUAAAUAUGGUAGAUUUACAGUCCAUUAACAUUUGUAAUCCACUGCUCAUAAGAGGAGGAAAAAAAUGUUUAUUUUCUUCCUGUGUGAUGUAAUCUGUACAGCAAUAAUUUAAGAUAUAAUUUAUUUUAAAAGGGGUACCUCUCAGGAAGCUUGUUUUCUGUUGUAACACUUCCCUGUUAAGUGAAAUUAUUUUGAAACUUGGGGGAGCUUGGUUACUGACAUUUGCGUCUUUUCUUUUUCUUCUGACUUGACAAAUACUAAAUGGUUUUUUGAUAAAUUCUGAAGGGAAAAGAAAACGAAAACCAGUCAGGCAUCUUUUUCAUACACUUUAUCUCAUCCUUGUUUGGUAAUGAGUAGGAUCGGUAGGGGAGAAACAUUAAGUAAAAAUUUGAGACGUAUACUACAAAGUAAAAGGCUGUGUUGUUUUUGCUCACUUACAAUGGCAUAAGAAAGUUCUGGAAUUUUUCCCUAACAAAUGAUUGCAGAUGAUUUGUGGGGGCUAGCAGAUACUUCACUAUCAAUGUAAGGGUUCCCCCCCCCCCACCUCACCACCAGUCUGUCUAGCCUUUUCACUGUAUAAGUCUAAGGAAUUACUUGUAUGAUUUGAAUAAACUUCUAUAUCAUUGUG